AUGAAGUUCGCUAUCUCUCUUUUCUCCGUCCUCUCCAUCGUUGUUACUGGUGCUCUUGGCCAGGGGGUAACCAUGAACACUCCCACCAACUUGGUCACUUGUCAGCCUGUGCAACUUACUUGGAUGGGAGGUACUGCACCUUAUUUCGUUAGCAUUCAAGAUGGUAACAACCCUUCUGGCGCUGCUCUCCAGCAGUUUCCGCCGCAAAACGGUACCGCAGUAACUUGGACAGUCAACAUCCCACCCAAUACAAGGCUUGUCCUCCUACUUCGUGACAGCAACGGUCAGACAAGUCUGACCGCCCCCAUAACCGUUCAACCUGGAUCAUCGACCGACUGCGUUGGCAAGGCUGCGUCUGUAUCCGGCGGUGGAACGAACACCGGCGGAACCGGCCAACCUACCAACACCAACACCCAGGCUACCACCGGCGCUGGUACUGCUACCAACACGCAAACUGGUGGAAACACCGGCACUACCGCCACUAAAACUGGAACCGGGACAAGUGGUGCAGCCACGAACAGCUCCAAUGCAGCCUCCUCAAAUGUUGAGUUCGGUGCCGCUGGUAUUGUUGGCGCUGCUCUUGUCGCUCUCCUUGCUUAG